AAACUGGAGCUUGAGCUACCGUAACUCGUUUCACGACUGUGCAGCUAAAACCCUUGGCCAAACGCGAAGCUCAACGAUUGUUCCGAUCUCUGUUCGCCGUCGUCGACGAUCUGUUUCACCGGACUUCUCGCAUCUAUAUCUUCCAGAGAGAGUCAACGAAGUAAAGGAUGAGUGGUUUUAGAGCAUUCAAAGCUAAAGUGCCCAUUGAAUGGAGCCAGAGCUUGUACAUAACCUUAGUGAGAGGUCUCCCUGGAACCAGGAAGCUUCACAGGCGUACACUCGAGGCUAUGGGACUCCGGAGAUGCCACCGCACUGUUUUGCACUCCAACACUUCUUCCAUUAGAGGAAUGAUUCAACAGGUUAAGAGGAUGGUUGUUGUCGAAACAGAGGAGAUGUACAAAGCUCGCAAAGAAGCUGAAGCUAACCACAAAGCUCUCCGCCCGCCGCUUGUUGUCAGUCAUUCAAUCCCUGCAGCAGGCUCAUCCAACAUGUCUUGAGUAUUUCAAGAAGAGGGUAAACCUCUUUUGCAUUUGUAAUCUCCUUAAAUUAAGAUUCCGGUAAGUUGUGGGGAAGUCAUAAGUAGUCUAGACACAAUAAGAAGUGUUGGUAUCAGUGAAUUUGGUGCCAUGUUUCUGGUGUACACUGGAUCCUUAUGUAUGUUUGCUCUCGUUUUGUCAAAUCUCAAUACAAUGAUGAACUAGUUUUUGACAAA